AUGAUUGGUGACCUCUGCUCCUCACAGGCGCCUCUCUCUUGUGGGGUGCCACAGGGCUCUCUUCUUGGCCCUAUUCUGUUCUCUUUGUAUUUACUACCCCUGGGAUCAAUUAUAAGAAAAUACAAUCUGUCUUUUCAUUCGUAUGCUGAUGACUUACAGUUAUAUUUGCCCAUGCGACCCAACGAGAACAGUGCACUUUCUCACUUACUGGACUGUAUUACUGAAGUAAAACAGUGGUUGGCUCUAAACUUUUUGCACCUAAAUGACAGCAAAACUGAGUGUAUUUUAUUUGGCACGCCAUCGAUAUCAAACGCUGCUUCCAAGAUGGCGCCGGUGUGUGUGGCCUGCCGUCUCUCGCUGUCAGCGCUGUUCCUGUUUGUGCUGUUUGUGUCUUUCGUUAUCAGUAAAGUAAGCUCACUGUAUGUGUAUGACCACCAAACACUGCUGGAUCUUCGCCCCUCUGCUAAGGAUUUGGUGAAAGUAGAUCCUGAUCACUGUGGUCACACGACGUUUAAGCCGUUUCACCCCUGCGGUAUACCUGCUCACCUUCGCUGCACUUUCGCUCCAUUUCCCCGGCGUAAACGCCGGCGCCGCCGUGGCAAACGCAGCGGACAGCAGGUGAAAGUUAAAUCUCUUUUGGCUCGAUCUUCCGUGGUUUCCCUGAGGAGAAAUGGAGUGGGAUCUGGUCUCUUUCCUCAUCUGCGAUCGCUGCACCCUGUCGACUCCUGGCUGGUACCUGUCGUCGGAUCCGAUGGGAUGGUCCGUCCCCGCGGCCCCUGCUCUCCUCGUCCCCGCCGGCGUGGGGUGAAUCCCCGCCAUCUACGGGCCCUGUGUCGGGCUCCGCGAUCAGCUGAUGCCUCGGAUGUGCCGAUCUCUGCCAGGUUCGGCCUAGUCAAUGCCAGAUCACUGGCAAACAAAACUUUUAUCCUGAAGGAUUUCUUCAUGUCCCGUGGAUUGGAUUUUCUCUGUGUGACGGAGACAUGGCUGAGUACCGGUGAGUCCAGUCCUCUUAUUGAACUCUGCCCGCCGGAUUGCUGCUAUUUUAAUUCCCCGCGGUCGUCUGGUCGAAAAGGAGGUGGAAUAGCAGUUAUUUUUAAAAGCGACUUUAAAUGCCGGCAGAUCUGCCUGAAAUUCUCAUUCACAAGUUUCGAAAUGUGCUUGUUUGAACUGGGCUGCUCUCAUGUUGUCCUGUGCGCCGUCAUCUAUCGACCACCCAAGUACAAUAAGGAUUUUAUAAGUGACUUUUCUGAAUUUCUGGCCGAAAUUCUGCCGAAAUACGACCGUGUCCUUAUUGUUGGUGAUUUUAAUAUCCACACUUGUUGCCCUGAAGAGCCGGUCUCCAGGAGCUUAUUAAAUCUCAUUGACUCUUUUAACUUCGUGCAGUCUGUGUCCGGUUCUACACAUAAUCUCGGGCACACACUAGACUUGGUGCUCUCGCAUGGUCUGUGUGUGUCUAACCUUGUCAUUUGUGACGCUGUUUUCUCGGAUCAUAUGCCGAUUUUAUUUGACAUCCCCACUCAGUGUCCGGUUAAAUUGCGCGUUCCACCUAAACCGCGUCGCAUGUUUAACUCUUCCUCGCCUGCUCUGUUCUCCUCUACCUACGUUGGUCUCUGCGAGGAUGACUCUGCAGCCCCUGUGUGUUUGGAUACUGAGGAACUGGUACUGAGAUUUCACUCCACCUGUUUACAAACACUGGACACGAUCGCUCCUCUGAAGACCCGGCGCACCAAACCUACACCCGAGCCCUGGUUGAACGACGUCACUCGUGCAGCCAGGCGUGAGUGCAGGAGGGCAGAGCGCAGGUGGAAAAAGGACAGUCUGCAAGUGUAUCUUGGCAUCCUUAAAGAUAGUCUGAGGAAUUACCAGAGGAUUGUGAAAGCUGAGAAGAAUAAAUAUUUCUCUGAAUUGAUUGCUUUUAACUGCAACAACCCCAGAGCUCUGUUCAAAACCAUAAACACUGUCCUUGAGGCUCCCAAGUCUCUUGGUUUUGAUGCCUCCACUGAAAUCUGUGAAAAAUUCCUCCACUUCUUCAGUGAUAAAAUUAUGUCAACCAGAGCCUUCAUCUCUCAGCCAUCGUAUGACCCUUCAGCCCCUCUGCACCCCUCAUCUGUCUUCUCUAAAUUUGAGUCUGUGUCCCUCUCUAUUUUAAAGGACAUAGUCAGCCAUAUGAAGCCUUCUGGUUCCCCUGCUGAUGCCAUCCCCCCUCGCUUGUUUAAAGAGGUACUUGCUACUAUUGGACCAAAUGUCCUUAAUAUUGUCAAUUGUAGCCUCUCAUCUGGUACAGUACCUAGGGAUUUUAAACAUGCUGUGGUACGACCUCUACUCAAAAAAACUGGCCUUGACCCAUCCCUCUGUGCCAAUUUCAGGCCCAUCUCAAAUCUUCCAUAUCUGUCCAAGAUUCUAGAGAAGGUUGUCUACAACCAGUUGUUACCAUUCUUGGAAGACAAUGGUAUCACAGAGUUGUUCCAGUCUGGUUUUAAAGCUCUCCACAGCACAGAGUCAGCACUUUUAAAGGUUUCAAACGAUAUUCUAAUGACAACAGACUCUGGAAAGUUUGUUGUCCUUGUGCUCCUAGAUCUGUCUGCUGCAUUUGACACUGUUGACCACAGCAUUUUAAUCUCUCGCCUGGAGCACUGUGUGGGCAUUAAGGGUGUUGCCCUGGACUGGUUCCGGUCUUAUUUAAGGGACAGAAGUUUCUGUGUUCAAAUUGACAACUCUGCAUCCUCAACAGCUCCUCUUCCACAUGGGGUCCCUCAGGGCUCAAUCCUUGGCCCUCUUUUAUUUGCCUUUUAUUUACUCCCCCUUGGUUCUGUUUUUAGGAAACAUGGCAUCUCCUUUCAUUUUUAUGCUGAUGAUUGUCAGAUCUAUCUUCCACUAGCACAGAACAACUCCAACUCAGUCCACCAACUCACUGACUGCCUUAAGGACAUUAAAGCCUGGCUUUCUUUUAACUUCCUCAGUCUAAAUGAGAACAAGACUGAGGUAAUGUUGUUUGGACCAAGUGGCGGCCACCCCCCAACAUCGACCUAG